GUCUUUCCCCAGCGGUCCUCCAGCCUAAGGGGCGCCUUCGUGAGGAACGAGUGGAGAGGGGCUAGAGAGGCAGUCUUGGGGGUUGCCGGGAGUGGCUGGCCAACUUCCGUUUCCGGCUAUUCGGGCACGAGGGUUUGGUGUUCCAACCCAGUGGCGAGAUGCGGCCGUUGACUGAAGAGGAGACACGUGUGAUGUUUGAGAAGAUCGCGAAAUACAUCGGGGAGAAUCUUCAGCUGCUAGUUGACCGGCCGGACGGCACCUACUGUUUCAGGCUGCACAACGACCGGGUGUACUACGUGAGUGAGAAGAUUUUGAAGCUGGCCGCCAAUAUCUCUGGGGACAAGCUGGUGUCUCUGGGGACCUGCUUCGGAAAAUUCACCAAGACCCACAAGUUUCGGUUGCACAUCACGGCUCUGGAUUACCUUGCACCCUAUGCCAAGUAUAAAGUAUGGAUAAAACCUGGAGCAGAGCAGUCCUUUCUGUAUGGGAACCACGUAUUGAAAUCUGGACUGGGUCGAAUCACUGAAAAUACCUCUCAAUACCAGGGAGUGGUGGUGUACUCCAUGGCAGACAUCCCUUUGGGUUUUGGGGUGGCAGCAAAGUCUACACAAGACUGCAGGAAAGUAGACCCCAUGGCGAUUGUGGUAUUUCAUCAAGCAGACAUUGGGGAAUAUGUACGACAUGAAGAAACAUUGACUUAAAAGGAAGUCAUCCUGAGGACAUACACUGUGGAAGGGCCUAGCUUUGUUUCUUGUGUCUAUAUAGACUCCGCCAUUGUGUUGAAUUUUGUCAACACUGACCUCUUCAGGGACUUCUUAGUUUUUAACAUUGUCUAUCACUGACAAAUGCAGGCUGGAUUCUUAUUACAUGGAAAUGGCUCAGAAAAUUAGUUUCAGAUCUUUGACCAAUCAGAAUAUUCCUUUUUAUAUUUGAAUCAGAGGGCUUCUUGUUCUGAGUAACAGGUUCUCAAUAAUUGGAACUGAGGACAAGAAUAGCUUAUUAUUGUUAUCUGUGAUAACACUUUGUUUUCUAAACUCACCAUAAGAACAUAAUGUAUAUUUUCUGUUUUUUAUUAACUAUCAUUAAAGGUAGAUAAUACGAUGUCAGAAUAGUAGGCCACGUGUGGGAUUUUACAAAUGAAUUUUGGCUAAAAUAAUAAGACUAGUUUUUUCACCUGUGAUUCUAUGUAGUAAGUGCUGUGUGAUGUGGAAGAAAAAUUUGGAUUCAGACCCAAGUUCUGCCUCCUAUUAGCUGUGUGGCCUUGGAUGAGUCAUUCAACUUUAUAAACUUUGUUUUCUUUCUUUUUAAAAAAAAAUGCAAAACUAAAAGUUAGCUUAUGAAUGGUUUUUAAGAGUUGGAAAAGCAUGGCUGUUGCGUCUAACACAGUGCCUGGAAAUGAUAGAUGUUGGAUAAAUGGUGAGAACUAUUUUUAUAUUGCAUAGAUUACGUAUUGUAGGGUCUUAGGAGAGUAAUUUGAUAACAUUAUCUUGUCUUCCAACAAUCCUUUUUCAAUCUUUGUUUUUCUUAGAUGAGAUGAUUUCAGACUGAGAUGUUUUUUCCCCAUCACCUUGAUUUCAUAAAACAAUUUCUCUUAUGAACUUUUAUUUACCUGUUUAGACUGAACAUAAAGCACUAAUCAGAGACCCUGAAAUUAAAACUCAGAUCCUUUGUCCUUCCCCAUGCCUCUCAAAAUUAUUUUUAAAUUAUUACAUUUUUAAAAAAUUAAGAGAAAAAAUUUUAAUAAUCUGUAUCAUAAAGCAAAACAAUGUCUUUAAUGAGUAUACUGCACAUUUUUAAUUAUAGAGGUGAUGUCCCUAAAAAUGUUUUCAACUCCAAAAAGGCACUCUGGGGCCAGCAAGGUAGCUAGGUGGUUAAGGUGACUGGAUCCCAAAUGGCUGACCGCACAGUUUGAGUAUCAGACCCAGUGGCUUAAGAAACACGC